CCUCACUCCACAACACACCUCCAGGAAAACAGCUGACCGGCAGAAAACUUUAAAUACAGAACAGGGCGAUGAUCACAGCAGAGUAUGGAGAGACCUCAUGGGAGCUGUCCGUGCAGGUGGACCAAAAAGACGGAGACGAGUCCAUGAAAUUUAAGCUGAGGGUGAAGGGAGACUUGCACAUCGGAGGCCUCAUGCUGAAGUUAGUGGAAAAAAUCAAGGCUCCUCAGGACUGGUCAGACCAUGCCUUGUGGUGGGAGCAGAGGAAAUGCUGGUUGCUUAAGACCCACUGGACCAUGGACAAGUAUGGAAUUCAGUCUGAUGCUUUCCUGCGCUACACACCCCAGCACAAACCCCUGCUGCUGCUGCUUCCCAACAUGAAGACCAUCAUAAUGACUGUCAGCUUCUCCAGUGUGGUCUUCAAGGCGGUGGGAGAGAUCUGUCAAAUGCUUGGCCUCAGGAGGGCAGAGGAGCUAUCCCUGCUGAAGCUCCCAGAUGAUCCCUCCAAGAAGAAGAAGAAGAAAGACAAGAACUCAGCAGAGCAGGACAUCUGGGACAUCGAUUUACCCAGUGGGGGAGCAGGAGGCCAAGGCUUCAUGUACAUGACAGCUACCUACGACUCAGAGAACAGGCUGCCUGUGUCUGCCACCAGCCAGUGUUUUGGAGAAAACCCUCUUGCUGACUCUCAGCCAAACUUGCCGCCCGCUGAGCUGGCCAAGAUGUACCAGUCGCUCUCGCUAGUGGACAAAGCAGUCAACAACGCAGGGUGGUUGGACUCGUCUCGAUCCCUCAUGGAGCAAGAUAUUCAGGAUGACGACAAGCUUUUACUUCGGUUUAAGUACAAUGUUUUCUUUGACCUCAAUCCCAAAUACGACGCUGUUAGGAUAACUCAGCUGUACGAACAGGCCCGCUGGUCCAUCCUACUGGAGGAGAUAGACUGCACUGAGGAGGAAAUGCUCAUGUUCGCUUCACUACAGUAUCAUAUUUGUAAACUGACCAUGUCGAGUGAACCACUGGACAUCUCCAACGAACCAGAGAUAGACGAAGUGGAGGCGGCGCUGUCCAACCUGGAGGUGACGCUUGAAGGCGGACACUCGGACAGAAUUCUGGAAGACAUUACAGACAUUCCAGAACUGGCAGAUUCCCUCCGGCUAUUUAGGCCUAAAAGACUGACCCUGCGGCCUUACAAAGAAUACUGGUUUGUGUUCAAGGACAUCACCAUUUCCUACUACAAGAACAAGGAGACUGCUAGUGGAGAACCCUUAGAGCAGUUUCACCUCCGAGGUUGUGAGGUUGUUCCUGAUGUCAACGUCACAGACAAGAAGUUUGGCAUCAAGCUUCUGCUCCCAGUCGCUGAUGGCAUGAACGAGGUCUACAUCCGAUGUGACAAUGAAACACAGUACGCCAAGUGGAAAGCUGCGUGCAUCCUCGCCUCCAAGGGCAAGACCAUGGCCUACAGCUCCUACAAGUCAGAAGUGAGAAACAUCCAGUCCUUUUUGCAAAUGAAGAGCCUGGCGCCCCCUCCUGGUCAGGCGGCUCCCGACCUCGACGCGAUGGAGAUGAACGCUGAGUGUUUCGUUUCGCCGCGCUACGCCAAAAAGCACAAGACCAAACAUCUGACAGCUCGUAUCCUGGAGGCCCAUCAGAACAUAGGACGGCUGUCGCUAAUGGAUGCCAAGAUGCGCUUCAUUCAGGCAUGGCAGUCACUUCCAGAGUUUGGUAUCAACUACUACAUUGUCAGAUUCAGAGGCAGUAAGAAGGAUGAGAUGCUGGGGAUCUCCUACAACCGUCUAAUUCGUAUUGACAUGUCCUCUGGCCUUCCUGUCACCACGUGGAGGUUCGCCAACAUGAAGCAGUGGAAUGUCAACUGGGAGAUUAGACAGGUGACCAUAGAGUUUGACCAGAACGUGACAAUAGCCUUCUGCUGUUUGAGCUGCGACUGCAAGGUGGUGCACGAGUUCAUCGGCGGAUACAUCUUCCUGUCCACACGAGGCAAAGACCAGAACGAGUCCCUGGAUGAAGAACUGUUCCAUAAACUUACUGGAGGACAGGAAUGAGAUUCGAUACGAGACUGUGCUGCUUCGAGUACAGCUGCUGUUUAUUUACUUAGAUGUUACAAUGUGAGAGUUCCGUGUUGCAGUGUCAACUCACAGCCAAAGAAAACAGUCAGAGCUGAUACAUCGGCACUCAAAGAACAACAGCAUGAUUUUUUGUCAUUUUAUAUCCUCUCUCAAACAGUGAGAUGUACCCUGCACUAGAACAAUAAUGGUGUUGAUGUAAAUAUGGAGUGAAGAUUUGUCUUU